AUGCCACUGAAGCAUUAUCUCCUUUUGCUGGUGGGCUGCCACGCCUGGGGUACAGGGCUGGCCUACUAUGGCUGCCCUAGCGAGUGCACCUGCUCCAGAGCCUCCCAGGUGGAGUGCACCGGGGCACGCAUUGUAGCCGUGCCCACCCCUCUGCCCUGGAAUGCCAUGAGCCUGCAGAUCCUCAACACGCACAUCACCGAACUCAAUGAGUCCCCGUUCCUCAACAUCUCAGCCCUCAUCGCCCUGAGGAUUGAGAAGAAUGAGCUGUCACGCAUCAUGCCCAGUGCCUUCCGAAACCUGGGCUCCCUGCGCUAUCUCAGCCUCGCCAACAACAAGCUGCGGGUUCUGCCCGUCGGUCUCUUCCAGGGCCUGGACAGCCUCGAGUCACUGCUUCUGUCCAGUAACCAGCUGGUGCAGAUCCAGCCAGCACAUUUCUCCCAGUGCAGCAACCUCAAGGAGCUGCAGCUGCAUGGCAACCACCUGGAAUACAUCCCCGACGGAGUCUUUGACCCCCUGGUGGGACUCACAAAGCUCAAUCUGGGCAAGAAUAGCCUCACCCACAUCUCACCCAGGGUCUUCCAGCACCUGGGCAACCUGGAGGUCCUCCGGCUCUAUGAGAACAGGCUCACGGAUAUCCCCAUGGGCACUUUUGACGGGCUUGUCAACCUCCAGGAGCUGGCUCUGCAGCAGAACCAGAUUGGGCUGCUCUCUCCCGGUCUCUUCCACAACAACCACAACCUCCAGAGACUCUAUCUGUCCAACAACCACAUCUCCCAGCUGCCACCCAGCAUCUUCAUGCAGCUGCCCCAGCUCAACCGCCUUACUCUCUUUGGCAAUUCCCUGAAGGAGCUGUCUCCGGGGAUCUUCGGGCCCAUGCCCAACCUGCGGGAGCUUUGGCUCUAUGACAACCACAUCACUUCUCUACCUGACAAUGUCUUCAGCAACCUCCGCCAGUUGCAGGUCCUGAUCCUUAGCCGCAACCAGAUCAGCUUCAUCUCCCCGGGUGCCUUCAACGGGCUCACAGAGCUUCGAGAGCUGUCCCUCCACACCAACGCGCUGCAGGACCUGGACGGGAACGUCUUCCGAAUGUUGGUCAACCUGCAGAACAUCUCCCUGCAGAACAACCGCCUGAGACAGCUCCCAGGGAAUAUCUUCGCCAACGUCAAUGGCCUCAUGACCAUCCAGCUGCAGAACAACCAGCUGGAGAACUUGCCCCUCGGCAUCUUCGAUCACUUGGGGAAACUGUGUGAGCUGCGGCUGUACGACAAUCCCUGGCGGUGUGACUCAGACAUCCUUCCGCUCCGCAACUGGCUCCUCCUCAACCAGCCUAGGUUAGGGACGGACACUCUACCUGUGUGUUUCAGCCCAGCCAACGUCCGAGGCCAAUCCCUCAUUAUCAUCAAUGUCAACGUUGCUGUUCCCAGUGUUCAUGUCCCCGAGGUGCCUAGUUACCCAGAAACGCCCCGGUACCCAGACACACCCAGUUACUCUGACACCACAUCCAUCUCUUCUACCACUGAGUUAACCAGCUCUGUGGAAGACUACACUGAUCUGACUACCAUUCAGGUCACUGAUGACCGCAGUGUUUGGGGUAUGACCCAGGCCCAGAGCGGGCUGGCCAUUGCCGCUAUUGUAAUUGGCAUUGUUGCCCUGGCCUGCUCCCUGGCUGCCUGCAUCGGCUGUUGCUGCUGCAAGAAGAGAAGCCAAGCGGUCCUGAUGCAGAUGAAGGCACCCAAUGAGUGUUAAAGAGGCAGGCUGGAGCAGGGCUGGGAAUGAUGGAACUGGAGGACCUGGGAAUUUCACCUUUCCGCCUCCACUCCUGGGUCUACGAAGCUUUCCGUGAUUUCUCUUUCUGACCCUAGGGAAAGGUGUGCCUACCUCUUCCUGAUUCUCCUGUAGAGAAUCAUGUCAUGCCGGACCCUCCUACAAUCAGGAAUAUCCAACAGGCCAUGGCAAAAGCCCUGGGGAUUUCUGAUUCACACCCCUGGGCUUCCUUCAAGAGGACUCCUCCUCCAAAUCCUCCCCACCUGUCCUCCAAGAACCACCUUCCCUGCGCCCAGGCCCCUUCCUGGCCUCUGUAGACUCAGUCCACAGCCUGCUCACUUUGUGGGAAUAGUUCUCCGCCAAAAUAGCCCCUCUCCUCUAAGUAUUAUGUGAGUUGAUUUCCCUUUUUUUCUUCCUCUUGUUUGUGCUGUGGCUUGACCCAGCACGUCCCCUUAAAUAAAAGUUCUCCGCUUGAUUUUCUGCUCCUGAAGGCAGGGUGAAUUCUCUCCUCAAAGAAGACUUCAAACUAUUUAACUGGUUUCUUAAGAGCCACCAAGCAGCCUAGCUUUGAGGAUGCUAUGGAAGAGAGAAGGAAAGUCAUGUUGCUCGGUUCCUGGAGACAGAGCCGUCAUCAGCAUCUCUCUUGUGAUUUUCAUCUGGAAAAGGAAGAAAGACCUCAGCACAGCAAGUUCAGGCUUUUAGAGAAGGAUCUUUCCGAACUGUAAACUUUGCUUUGAAAAGUUUAGCCCUUUAAGGGAUAAAAUCAUGUUGGAUUUUGGACUUCUAAAAACAUUAAAAUCAGCUUAUUCUAGAUAGAGAAAGAAAUCUUGUGCCUGGGGGGUUCUUGUGUUCACCCCUAGAGUUUUCCUUUUUACAUUUGUAAUUGACAUAUAUGUACAGAAAAGUGGGAACAUGAUCGUAUGUGGCUUGGUGAACUGUCACACACUGAACACACCUGUGUAAUCAGCAACCAGACCAAGGCACAGAGCACCACAAACGUCCCCCAUCCCGGGCUUUUCCCAGAGGAGAUGGGGGCUUCUGGAGAUGGACUAAUCCAGGACCUGCUUCCCUUGAGCCAGGAUGCCCCCUCCCACAGCCAGCCUGCAUAAAAGC